GCCUCCCCCGGAGCGCAGACCCAGGAAGCGGUCGGGAGGGGAGGGAGCGAACCAGGCCGGAGCCGAAGCCACCGCCGUCAUGGAGCUGAGAGUUGGGAACAGGUACCGGCUGGGCCGAAAGAUCGGCAGCGGCUCCUUUGGAGACAUCUAUCUCGGUACUGACAUUGCUGCAGGAGAAGAAGUUGCCAUCAAGCUCGAAUGUGUCAAAACCAAACACCCUCAGCUCCAUAUUGAGAGCAAAAUCUACAAAAUGAUGCAGGGAGGAGUGGGCAUUCCUACGAUUAAAUGGUGUGGGGCAGAAGGGGACUAUAAUGUCAUGGUGAUGGAGCUUUUGGGACCAAGCCUUGAAGAUCUCUUCAAUUUCUGCUCAAGAAAAUUCAGUCUGAAAACUGUCCUGCUACUUGCUGACCAGAUGAUUAGUCGGAUUGAAUACAUUCAUUCAAAGAACUUCAUCCACCGUGAUGUGAAGCCGGAUAAUUUUCUUAUGGGACUGGGAAAAAAGGGUAACCUGGUCUACAUCAUAGACUUUGGGUUGGCCAAGAAGUACCGGGAUGCUAGGACCCAUCAGCACAUACCCUAUCGUGAGAAUAAAAACCUCACAGGAACUGCUCGUUACGCCUCCAUCAACACUCAUCUUGGAAUUGAACAAUCUCGAAGGGAUGACUUGGAGUCCCUGGGCUAUGUGUUGAUGUACUUCAAUUUGGGGUCCCUACCCUGGCAGGGGCUGAAGGCUGCUACCAAGAGACAAAAAUAUGAAAGAAUUAGUGAAAAGAAAAUGUCCACUCCCAUUGAAGUGUUGUGUAAAGGCUACCCUUCUGAAUUUGCCACAUACCUGAAUUUCUGUCGUUCAUUGCGUUUUGAUGACAAACCUGACUAUUCCUACCUGAGACAACUCUUCAGGAACCUGUUCCAUCGCCAGGGUUUUUCCUAUGACUAUGUGUUUGACUGGAACAUGCUCAAAUUUGGUGCCAGCCGGGCAGCUGAUGAUGCCGAAAGGGAACGCCGGGAUCGAGAGGAGCGAUUGAGACAUUCCCGAAAUCCAACUACUCGGGGUCUCCCUUCCACUGCAUCAGGCCGCCUCAGGGGAACACAAGAUGUAGCUCCUCCCACUCCCCUCACCCCUACCUCACAUACUGCUAACACCUCUCCUCGGCCUGUCUCCGGAAUGGAAAGAGAGCGGAAAGUGAGUAUGAGACUGCAUCGUGGUGCCCCAGUCAAUAUCUCUUCAUCUGAUUUAACAGGCCGACAAGAUACCUCUCGCAUGUCAACCUCACAGAAUAGCAUUCCUUUCGAACACCACGGCAAGUAGCUGCUCGUCUACCCGUUGGAAGGCAGCACUGGAUUCCCGGUCGGGUGACUUCCAGUGGUCUUCAGUCUGUUGUGCACCGAUGAGAAAUCUCCUUUUUGCCGUGGAGGGGCAGACAAUGCAUGGCUGAUCUACUAUGUUACCUACCAAUGGCUUUACUAGUGAAACGUCCCCCGAUCUAGAACAGAAAACGUUAACACCAGGAGCUCUCCAGGCCUUUUUACCCAGCGAUGCUCAUGGGGGAAAUAAAAAAAAUACCCUAAACUGAACAAACUCCAAGUGCUGCCAUCGCCAGGGGCUGAAACCUGAUGCCCCCUCACAAAGAACUCAGUUGUAACGGGGCUGGGAAGAAAAACCAGAGUGUAAGAGAGAGACAAUUUGCAAAGAGAAUCAAACUCCCAUUCGAGAGUCUUUUCAUUUUUCCCUCCACUGGUGGUAAACUUAUGCUACCCCUUAUUAUUAUUCUACUGUAACUAUAAAUCUUUUACUUGGUUUAAGACAGUUUUGUAUCAUUUUGCUAAAAAUUAUUGGCUUAAAUCUGUGUAAAGAAUUCUGUCUUUUUAUUGUUGCGUUUUUGUCUUUUUUUUUUUAAUUUUAUUUUAUUUUUUUCCGGUCUGACUUAAAGAUGUUGACUUUGAAGAAUCCUGCAUCAAAGACACUGGCUUGGAGUUUUCAGUCAGGGAGUGUAUGUGAAUUAAAAUGAUCAAAUUUUUUUGUGUUUUUUUGUUGUCUUUGUAUAAUCCAGUUUGGAGGGGGUUUUCUCAUCAAAGUUUUAUGUACAUAUAUAUGUACACACAUAUAUAUAUAUAUAUGAGUAAUAUAUAUGUAUGGCUUGCAGUUUCAUUAACUUGCUUUCUGGCUGUCUUAUUCAUUCCUCCCUAUGUAAAACCGAAAGGCCCCUACAACACAAAGCCGUUUUGAAUUUCUUGCCAGUCUUCAGUACAGUCAGAGAGCUAAGACUGCUGCUUGAAGGGUGCAGGGCUACUUUCAAACAAUGCAAGACACUGCUCUUUCCAAAGGUGCAUGGGAAGGGAAAUAAGAAGUCUUCUGAAGAAUUUGGAAGCCAAGGCUCUUGAGACCCAAAUUGAACAGCUGGGAGUUCUUAUGAUUAAAAACCGAGUAUAUGUUUAUGGUUUCCUUGUGAGAAGAUUGUAAUUGAAAGAUUCGGGUUAGUGUAUGAUUUUCUUGAUGUUGGUUGCCUAAAUGCCUUUGAAUUGGGGAAAAUUUAAAGUGGACUAUAAAUGCUACCAAUACAAGAUUGGCACUUCAUUUGUAGUAACAACUGUGUGCUCAGAGUAACUGGUCUGCCAUCAUUUGAUGCCAAGGUUUACCCACAUGGGCUGAACGGAUGAAGGGGAAUCCCAGGAAAUGCCAAGAAAUAGAUGCUUUCAGCCUGCAUUUGAAAUUUUAACAUGCCAACAGGUUAUGGUCAUGCAUUUGUGGGGCAAGGUUUUUUGGUAGCCCAGAGUUGCGUGUGUGUGUGUGGACCGAAGAGAAACAAAGAAAUGCAGGGUUGACUCAAAAACCUACUAGAACGCAAAUGGCUUCCAUACACAGCAUCUUUUUCCUCUGGAGGCUCUCGGGGACUUCUGCUCUUGGUAGCUUUUCAUAAAAUGAUGUUUCUUAUUGUUAAUCUUGCUGCACUCACAGAAACACAGAACCAUAGUGAUACCAAAUCUUGACUCAAGCAAAGUAGAUGUGAGCUUUUUCUGUCUUGGGAAUCAAGGUGCAAUAUAUAUAUAUAUCUAUAUAUAUCUAUAUAUAUACAUAGAUAUUUUUAUAUUUCUUUCUAAUCAGCCCAUUGGAGAGUCUGUCCUGUUCGGAAGCUAAGCUAUACCCACCCCUUUCUCCUACUCUUUAUCCAUUAGUCUCAUUCUGAACCCCGAUUUCCUAGAAUGAAACAUUUGUUCAUGAAGACACCUAAUUUUUUUAAAUUGAUGUUGCAGUGUUUGGCCAGUCACUUUCAUUUUCAUUGCCAGUAGUUGUUCCAUUUAAUCCCAAUAAUUGAUUUUUUUCAAAGCCCCAAUCUGGUUGCUUUUAUGAGCUUUUAGGGAGUAUUUACUUGACAGGGUUGGGGGAACUUGAGUUUUGGGAGUGCAAUAGGAAGAUUCAAAGUGUUGAUUAGUGGAGGGAUUUUUUUGUGUAGCCGAAUGUUUUAAUGAGUUAGGUUUUAAUCUUUCAGGCAUGUCAUUAUCAGCUACCGUCCUACACUGAAGUGUGCUUUCUUUGUAAAUAUCUGUGGUUUCUGAUGUAAUGCUAGAAAGACAUAUCAGAGGCAGCCUUUCUUCCUCCCUGUAUCCAGGACCUGGAACUGACAGAAUAUGUUUGAAAAGUGGUUUCAGAUGCAGAUUUCUAGAAUUGUGUGUGGUUGUGGACAGUUCUUGCCCUUCCAUGAUAUUUAACUCCCCACCAUUACCUGCAGGAAAUGUAGUUAGAACGUCUGUAUCAACCUGUGUAUUGGUAACAAAUAUCUCUGAACAGCUCAUUUGUAUUACCACUGUAUUUGUGUACUUUAACAAUUGUGUAAAUAAUAAAUUCAUAAUGACUUCUACA